UGGCUCCUCUGCUCGUCCACGCCACCCCCAUCGUCGAGGCGACGGCGGCGCACGUACUCCACUUUACGGUUUUUUUUCUUUCUUAUGUGUUCGCCAAUUACGACGUGAAGCUGUUAAAAAUGAUAGUUUGGACGGGCAUGUGUUGCACCGGGAGUGUUGAAGGAGGAGUCUGCAGAGAAGGUGAACAGUGAAAGCAAUGGGGCAGAGAAGUGGUUAUGCCCCUUGUGCCAAAAAGGCGUACCUGACCGACAGACUCUCUCUCUGCACCUUACUGAGCAGCACAGCGUACUUCCAACUUGUGUUGAUAAAUUGCUUGACAUUGCUACAAUAAAACCGCUUCCCGGAGGAGGAUUGCACCAAGAAGCUCCAAAGUCUCCAGGAGCUGAAUUGCUACACGACAAGCCGACUGUAGUGCUCAGUCCAGACCUCUGUCAGUCUCGUGAUUGCUCAGACGAGUUAUUUGGAGAUAAAAAGAUGGACGAAGAGAGAAUAAUUGGACAGGAUGAAGGAGAAGCUGAACCGGAGACAAACGACGAGCGUCAUCCUACAGCGGCCAUGCAGCAACCUCUAGAGGAAAAUAAAGAACUCAACGAUGCCACUGAAAAGUCAGUGAGUACCAAUGACGUGCCAGCAGAAAACAGUACGCAGUCAUUUAAAUGCCUCGCCUGCCAGGAAACUUUCCCCAGCAAAACAGUCUUGAGUGUUCACUACAACUCUGAAUCUCACAUUCAGAGGAUGGAUCCCUCAGUGGCUGCUCCAUCUCUGCCAUAUGUAUCAAACAAACCCUAUCAGUGUGCUAUCUGUAGAGUGUCUUACAAUCAUGCAAUCACCCUCGAGAGCCAUUUGAAAUCAGUCCUCCAUCAGUCUCGCAGCAGAAAUGCUGGUAUUGUUGCAAAUCCUGCAAACAAUACUGUGGCCUCCAGUGGUAGCACCACCAGUACCCCAAACACACAAGUGAACUCCACUGCAACUAGCAGCAGCCAACUGGUGACGUCCAACAACUGUGCUGCUCCUGGAACGUUGAUGGUAACGACUGCAAAAGAUGCAUCACAGAUCCAUACUCCGCAAGUGUCUCACUCUCUGCUCUCCUCCCCUGUGGCCUCUGCUCAAGCAGUCUCAGCAUUUCUUACCCUCCUAACAUCUAGUCCCAGCACUAUUUCACAUUCCCUUCUCCCCUCGCUGUUUGCACAUGGUGCUGUUCCUGGUGCUGCUGCGCCCCAGCUCGUGCCUCAACCUCAAAUGGUUAUGCCCUUGAUCCUGAACGGGCUUCAACCCCAAACACAGCAGCUUCCAGAGAGCCAGCAAGGACAGCUUCUCACCCAGUGUGUGCCAUUUGUUGGUCUCAACGCAGCACAGCAAGCCCUCCUAACCCAAAGACUUGGCAGCAUACAAGGCCAGUGGCCACCUGCUGGAGUUCCGACAGACACACCGCCAUGUCUCAAUGAGCAGAAUAUGAGUGUAAAUGGCAAACAAGAGUCUAACAGCAAUGGUACAGCGGAUCAAAAAGUCUCAAAUGAGUCCAGCUGUUCAGCAGAAAACUUAAAGAAAGAAAAAGAUGAAGAGGACAUCAGUGACCUGGCACAAGUUCAAAAUGAAGAAAGCAAAGUUAACUCUGAGAGUAAUGGAGAUGGAUUGAAUGUUCUUAAAAGCACAACGAAUGGAACUGACCCAACUAAUCAGAUGGACUCUGAGGAUGACAAACCUGUGGGUGCAAAUCUCUCCAUAGCGUGUAAUUGGAGCCACAACAAUAACAUCUCACCUUCUGCUUCUAUACCUAGCAAUUCAAGCCUCAGCCCUGUCAAUCUAAACCUAACACUCAGUCCAGAUUCUACUCCUAAAAAAACACUGCCUGGCGCAAGCCCACGUGCUUCUCUUGAUGUGCAAAAAAGUGCAAAUAGCCAAAUUCGAAUGCAUUGUAAUACAAUGGGAUCCAUUUUGGCUGACCUACCUGCACUAUCAGAGUUUCAAACGGAGGUUCUGUGGGCAUUUUUUGAGUCGAGGAGUGAAGCUGAUGCAGCAAGUCCUCCACGUGAAGAUUGCGAGGCCCUUGGCCGGGAGGUGGGACUUUCAGAGGAGGAGGUUCGUAAAUGGCUCAGCCUAGCUCGGUAUGCCAAGCAAAAGUACAAGGCCACACAGCAGGAGAAUCAACACAGCUUCACAAGAACCACUCAAAGUUCAGACAAUGACUUUGAUGAUGAAGAAAGGUCAUUAAUUAUAGCAGAUGUUGAGGAUGACACUGAAGCUAUGGAUUUGACAUGUUCAAGAGGAAAGAGAAAACGCAGGGCUGGACAUCGUGACUGCUGUCUGACGUCUGAUUCAGAAAACGAGUUGUACACAUCCGUUGUUGUGUCCGAUGAAGAAAGCCAGAAUGGGUCUCUGAGGGAAGGUGCUGAUAGCCCUGUUAAAAAUGAGGCACAGCAAGAGGCCCCUGGUAGCAAGGCCUUAGCUGGGGGCAAGGUUUUAAGGUCAUCAACCGUUUUCUUGUCUGAUGCGGAGGACGAGUAUGAAGAUGAAGAGGGAAGUGAUGGGCACAGAUCACAAAGGAAGAAGAGAAAGGAAGCACUUGAACAUGAGGUUGAAGUUAAGAAAGAGCGAGAUGACCCUGAUGUAGACCUUGAGUUGGAAGCUCAAGGGGACCCACCAAGUACACAGUCAAAUUCUGCUGACCAGAGUAGUGGUGAUAAUCUUCAUUCACUUCCUCUGUCUCUCACUCCAUUUUCUACUCCGUUCCUGAGCCCAUACAUUCUUUCCCUUGCCCCUACCAUGAUUGGCGAUGGUAGCACAGUACCUGUCUUUCCUACUCCACCAACAAUUACUCGCUUCCCAAAUGCUCUUCUUUCACAGUCUCUCACCAACACAAACCAAACCUCCCACUUUGUGUCCAAUGGUGAUGAAUGUGAGUCUGCUCUAGAUCUGAGCGUUCGCAAAAACAAAUCGUCUUGUUCGCCUCUCCAUUCGGACAAAAUUGCAGCACAGAAGGGUCAGUUGCUUGAUGGCCUUGGUUUGAGGCCCACGUCCAAAGGUCUGGUUGUUUUUCAGGUGAAACCUGACUCUGCCCGUGCCGUGCCCUCAUCGGACAGUGGUAUGGCACUCAACAGCAAUCAUAUGGCAAAGUCAAAUAUUUAUACGAGAAUGUCAGAGAAAAUGAAGAACUCUAUUUCAGAAAGGGACCAUACAAGUGAGAGAGAAGAGAAGGACCGGGACAAUGACCUACAGAGAAAGGCCAAAGGAAAACGGUAUCAGGAUAUGCGGCGAUCAAGGACCAUUAUUCAAGCGGAGCAGCUUGAUAUUCUUUAUGGUUGCUAUUUCAAAGAUGCCAAUCCUGGGAAACACGAAUUUGAACAGAUAGCGGAAUGGGUUCACCUCCCUAAAAAGGUUGUUCAGAUAUGGUUCCAGAACAUGAGAGCGAGGGAACGCAAAGGUGAGGUUCGUUUCAUCAGUGAUGGAACCCUGGCAGCAGUAGGAAAGCCUCUCAUCAAAUUCACGUGGCCUCUCUCCAAGCCCAUAUUUUCAAACAAGCCCACCACAACUAGCCCUGGGUCAAUCGCAGCUACUCCAAUUGUCCGCACUCUUAUAAAGAGUGAAAAAGAUCCUGUGAAAAAGAUGGUAAAGCCAGUUUUGUGUCGGAAAACAGCACCAGUACCUAUUAAACCAAAAGAGACAAUGACUUCCUUAACAGUGUCUACUACGGGCAGUGGUGCCUCUGCAGUGCCAAAGAUCAAAGCCGAAUCCACCAGCAAUGCCUCUGUGGUCAAUGACUCCCCAAAAGUUAACGCCACUCUCUCAACGUCACCUAAAGAGUCGGUCGUGGCCAUGCAAAUAAACCUAAAAAGAAAGCUAGAGGAGGAGAGUGAGGAAGAGAAGACUGACGAUGAGAAAGAUUCUGAGAACGAAAUGGGUACUGGUCCGCUGUCAACGAAUCGGAUGGUACCAAAGCUUCUACCAACAUCCAUUAACAACAGGUCUCCUGCUGCUCCAUCAGCUCCACAAAAACAGAAUGGUUUGAACUACUGGAGCUCAAAAGUUCCUAUUAAGAUUAACACCUUGUCAAGAGCGCAACUGGCUUUACCCAUAGACCAAACAUCACGUAACAUCCCGCCUCCACGCACAAUCCCACCGCCCCCCACUCCCAGCAUCGCCCCAGUUAGUCCGAACACCCCCAAUCCACUCAAGGUGCCGAUCCCUCGAAAUCCAGUGGCGAGUAAACAGAGUCCAUCAGAGACCAGCUUCAACGCAGCCAACCGGAGACCACGGACACACCUGUCAUGCCGACAACUGUCCAUCCUCCAGUCCUGUUAUGAAACCUGCGCUCACCCCAACGCUAUGGAGUGUGAGGCCAUAGGUGCCGAGCUCAAUCUGCCUCUCAAAGUGGUGCAGAUUUGGUUCCAAAACACCAGAGCGAAAGAGAAGCGCUGGAGGCUACAGCAAGAAAAGUCUCCAGUGACCGAUGGGAAGGUUGACUUGAGUUCAGGAGGAUACCUGGAAUACAGUGCUCUCAAAGCCAAUCGUCCCAUUCUUCCUAAACCAAUCCAGCUGACAAUAACUGAAUCUUCAGGCGGCCAGUCGAUGCAAAAGGAGAUCUUAACGGGCCGCUGUGAUGCUUGUAACGUCUCCUUUGAAUCCCGGGCUGCUGCAAGAGCCCAUGUCUUCUUAAGAAAUCAUCUGGCUACCUUGAAAAACUCUUACUUUGGUCAGCCAGCAACACUUGUCAACAAGAAUGCAAGCGGCAAUGGUGGACCAGGAAGUGUUGUGCCAAGCACGCAGGUUUCUUCGUCUCCCAUGGUAACCAGCACUGGUGCGGUAUCAGAGGUGAAAUUGGUAAUUGAUUUCCCGCCGCCCACAGUCACCAGCAACAGCUAAAGACUCGGAUCAAGACUGGUCAGAGCAUGACUCUUUUUGGACCCAUUUGGGCUUCUCAGAUUUCAAUAAACAAGUGUGAGCACUAUUCUUCAAUAACCAAGCAGCUCCUUCAUUGUUGGAGGUCUGCUCUCCCUGAUGCCCCCGAGUCCCCUGCCUGACCUUCACUGACUUAACCAUCUACAGAUUUCUCCUAUAGUCAAAUAACCUGGCAAAAAUAUUCCCACGCUGCUUUCAUGAUAAGUGAUGAACUUUCAAUUCUCCACGCACAUUUAACGAAGAACUUUUUGGUCCUAACCCUGUGUGUUUGCAUAAUGUUGUUUUGAUAAUCUCCCUACGAUUUUAAAGUCACUCUUGCCAUGCUAUGCUUGAACUUUCCUACCUUAGCAACAGGUGCAACAGUGUUUCCUCUUCCGAGCUGCCAUUUCACCGCAGGCUUACGGGCACUUUUUUGAAUGGCACCAAGGAUUACCAAAAGUAAUAACUCCACUUCACUAUUGUGGAAUUGUUUUACUUGGGAUUUCACCACCUGGCCAAUGGUCACUUCCCUCAUGCAGAAGGAGGAAUUUCCAAUUUGACUGUCACCACUUUGUUUCAAGAGUGUGUAUGUACUGAAGAGUUUCUGUAUCAUGGUAAUUUGGGAUAACAAAAGGUACUGUUGAAAGACUAGGGCUGUUGAAUUUUCACAUUUAUGUUGUCAUAGUUUUACGACAAUCCGAACAGCAAAAAGAGUUAAAUCUUGGCAUUCUGCACUUUGACACAUUUUACAUUGAAAAAUCUAGCAUUUGGAUGCAAGUGUCUUUUUUUUUAUGAAAGGAUGCAUUCAUGCAUGUUGAAUGCCUUAAUAUUGAUGAUGGGAAAAAAAAAGAUUUGGAUUUUGCUAGUUUGUUUAAAAGAAAAAACACUGCAGAUGUAUUUAAAACUCCAAUUCCAAAAGAUAAUGUCUCUAUUUUAGGGCAAAUGUUUCUUUCAGAUUCUUUCAUGAGGCUGGUAACGUUCUUUUGGCCAAGGUUUUUAAAUAUUAAAUUUGUACAAGUUAAAAGUGUUUAUGAUCCUGUGGAUUUAAACUCCCUUGGUGUAUUAUCCCAUUUUUGGAAUCUGCUCUUCUAAUCUUUUUUUUUUCCCAUUUGUGGAGGAAGACGGCCUUAAGGAAAUUAUCAUCCAGGUAUAUUCAAUCCAGAUGAGGCUAAUUAUGUAAUCAGUUGAUUUUAUUCAUACUAUUCACACAGUCGGUGAACAGUUCUGAAAGACCUUUUUAUAAAUAUUUUUAUUGCCAUCAACUGAAAUAAAGCAAGUUUUAACACUUGAAAUAUAUUGAAAGCGGGCCUCGAUAUCAUCUCCUGCCUGCUUAGUUCAGUUUUGAAACAGUUUUGUGUAAUGUGUGCUGUGCAGAGAGGUCUUUAUUUAGAUGGUUUAUUUUGGCGGCUGGGUUAUUAAGACAUUCAAAAGGGAUGACUCUUAAAAAGUGAAUUGAAAUGUUUUGACUGAGAGCAAAGUUGGUGCUGAGCUGAAGGAUGUGUCACGUAUCAAACAUGUUUUCCUUCAAUAAAAAGGUGUAUAAGAGUACUAAUAGUUUUAACAAAAAAAGAUAAACCUAAAAAGAAAAGUUUUGUAAAUGAAGUAUAUGAAUUAAAGAUUCCAAAGUCAUCCUCUCUUUGCUUUCUGUCUUUUAAAAACCAAAAAGCAAUCCUGAGGUCGACAGAAAGCAGGAGAGGUAAUUAUGAAUGCAAACUACAAAGUUUAUAGUAUGACUUGAGGCUUACGCUAGUCCACUAUUUUUACACAAGUUACAAAGACGGCAAAUUGUCAAGGAAAAUCAUGUUUUUUUGUUGGGUUUUUUUGUAACGGAAAGGUAACUUGCUUUUAAAUAGCAAAGCAUCCACUAAUUUCAGUCUGUGCUUGUGUGCAAGAUGAGGACUGGAUGGUUAAACCUCAAGACUGGGAUUGCACGCACUCGAACACAGACACUUUGUUGCACUGUCCAGAUGAGCUAGGUUUUUAUGAGAUGUGCUUUUAAUCUCUUUACAUUUCAUUGUCACUUUGAUUAUCACUAUUGUUAUAACUGUUCUUCUACUUACACAAUUUAUCAUUACUACUCAUCACUGUUUUGAUUAUUGAUACAUAAUUGUUUUUAAUGCCACGUCUACUCCGCAAAGAGUACGACAUAUUCCUAUGAAUAUUGAACAAUAAUAGUGGCACUGUUUUUAUCAAUUGUUAGAUUUGAUUAAGCUUAUUUUAUUUCCUUCUCACAUGUACCUGCCUUUUGUGUUUGGUCUCCAUUUCGCUUUCUUUGAUAUACAGAAAAUUUAAAUAAAAUCAGUUGAACAACGUCAAGCCUUCUCUUAU